AUGCAAAAAUUUCCUUCGAAAAAAUUAAAUGAUGAAAACAUAGACUCGAUUAUAAAGAACGAAAAAACAAUAAACGAAAAUUUGACAAAGGAAAAUGAAAAAAUUAAAGAAAAAAAUAUAAAAAUACAACAACAAUUAUUAAGCUAUAUUGAAGAUAAUAAUUUUAUUUACGAAAGUGGUUCAUCUGAAGAUAUACAGAAAUACAAACAAGUUUUGAAUUGUGUUAUCGAAUAUAUGAAUAAAUUAAAAAUAGUUGAUGGUCAUAUGAAAAAAGAAAUAUUUAAUUUACUUGAGGAAUUUUUUCAGUGCAUUAAAGAGGCUAUAAUAAAACAAAAUGAUUUAUGUUUUUUGAUAAAUGAAGAUAUGAACUAUUUCAAAAUAUCAGGCAAAGAAGAGAUGUAUAAAAAAAACCUAUUAACGCUAAGAAAAAUUUAUGAACAUAACAGCAUACUAAGGGCACAGAUUUGCUUAUUUAAUAAAUUUAAGCUAAAAAAUGAAAAUUUAAUUCAUGCAGAUUUUGAGCAGUUAGAGCUCAAGUAUAAAAAUUUAAAAAGUAAAGAGAGUAUUUUAGAAAAGAAAAUUGAGAACCUAAAUAAUAAAAUAAGGAAAUCAACGGAAAAAAAACUGCACUAUGAUGAGAAGAACUUGUACUUAGAAAAAGUAUUAGAUGAUAAGACAACAUCACUGGAAGAGUCUUACAACUCGAUAAGAAACAAAAAAAAUAUGAUGAAAGAAUUAAAAAAGAAAAAAGAUGAGUCUAUUAAAAAAUAUAACGAAGCCGAAAUAUGUGUUAUAACGAAAAAUGUAUACGAAGAAUUUCAGGCAAAGAAACAGCAUCUCGGAAAGUUAAAGGCCAUGCUCGAAAAAUUGAAGAAAGAGUACGAAAGCUUAAACAAAAUGGACGUCGAAGAAUAA